AUGGUCUUGCGAAAACGAGCUCCUCCGCACCUCUAUAACCUUAGCCAAGGGAAUGCUUGUUUUGAACCUCGCACCUCAGCAUCGCAGACCUCCCCGACUGCCAAAUCUACGUUGUCUCCGUCCCCUAAACGUUUAACUCGUCCCCGUCGAGCUCAAAGCACCCCUCAGCCGCAUCGGCUCCCCUCACAGGAAUCGGUCUAUUCUCCGGACCUCAACACCUCACCAGCGUUUGACCUUAUGCCCUUAGAACAGGCACUAAAGUCCCCGGUUCGGUCGUCAACCGGCGAAGCCCAAAACCCAUGGGCUGAUGACCAACUAGGGAGCCAAUGGCAGAGCGGUCUGGAGCAUAAUACCGCAGGGCAGCCACCUGUUACUGGCAAUGACUCGAAAGAGGGAGGGGCCGUCAGCGGUGGGAGGGAGCUGGCCUCUAGUGAAUGGCAGCUGAACUCAGGACUCAACGAUGCCUCUGAGUGGGAGCGCUCACGAAACUCUCCUAUUCCGUUGCGCUCGAAUAACCCAUUUCUUAAAGUUCGACAGCCUGAAAAUAAUCCGUGGGAAGACAGAAAUUCUCGUACAGUGUCCGAAGACACAGCCUCUUUAUCACAGGACGACGCAAGUGCUCGACUCGGCAAAGAUGAAGGUUAUAUUCCUAUGACAGCUCGUCUUUCUCUUUUUGACCAGCCGGUAUCAGAAUCCCCGUGGAUUGAAGAACAAUCUAAUAAUCUUGAACCUCCAUCAACUGUACAUCAAAGUCAACAUCCGUCUCCCCAGUCCUAUCAAUACCCAGACAAUGAACACGAUGAUAGGAACGUGUCCCCUAUUCCCUUCCCAGAAUCACAGGCUGUUGUCCAUAGCAACCAACCCGCCUACACACCGCAGCCUUCACAACAACAGCAUGAUUCUGGGAAAUUGUCGCCAGAUAAUGAGAUAGCCACUCCAGCGACUAUUUCUACCGCGACUAGCGGUUCAUCCCAUGUGCUCAUUGACUUUAACGAGAGCCUUCAGCCAAACACGGGAACGGACCAAAACAAGGCAGCCUCACCUAUCUACGAGCCUACCGUGAAUGGGAGACAGGAGUCCCAAGAGUCCCAAGUAUCCUCACAAAUAGCACUGGAGAGUGCCCCACCUCUUCCAGAUCGUGCAAACGUCUCUCGUUCUGAUCAUGGUGUUACGUCUGAAGAGACUCCCGUUAUCUCAACCUCUGAAGCUGAAGGAAAUCGACAGCAGGAGAAAAAAUUAGAAACCUAUUCGAUAAGACACGUCAAUUGGACUGACGUAACCGGGAAACUGCGGGAUUCUCCAGUUCUAUCCCAGAAUAAAAAUGGACCAUGCCCAUUACUCGCACUCGUCAAUGCACUCGUGCUACGUGCAAACCCAGAUACUCAGUCGCCUAUCGUUAGAGCACUGCAGACAAGAGAGCAGAUCUCCUUGGGGCUGUUGAUUGAGGCAUUGUUUGAUGAAUUGACCACGUGCCUGGGCCCUGAUGAUGAACUUCCGGAUAUUGAGGCCCUCAGUCGGUUUUUGACCAUGUUACAUACUGGCAUGAAUGUCAAUCCGCGGCUAAUACUGGAGUCAAAUGAUGCAGUUGGAACGUUUCGUCAGACAGACGAUAUCAGACUAUAUAGCACAUUUGGCGUGCCCUUGGUACAUGGUUGGGUUGCAGCCCUAUCAACGGAUGUUCACAUGGCAUUAAUGCGGAUCGCGCAAUAUCAUGAAGACGUCCAGUUACUUCAUUUUCGUAAAGAGGAACUCGAGGAUCGCAUUUUUCACGGAGGCUCUCUUGAAGCAGAGGAAGAGCAGGAAAUGAAAGACAUUCAAUUGAUCCAACAUUUUACUGACGUAGAAAAUGCAACCCAACUCAGCAUGUUUGGGCUGGAUUGCCUGACAGAGAAGCUGCCACCUGGAUCAUUAUCCAUAUUAUUCCGGAAUGAUCAUUUCUCUACCCUUUAUAAACACCCACAGUCCAAGAAGCUAUUUGCACUGGUCACAGAUGCGGGUUACUCCGGCCAUGCGGAAAUUGUAUGGGAGAGUCUUGUUGAUGUCAAUGGAUCUAGUGCCGGAUUUUUUGCCGGCGACUUUCGACCGGUUGGUCAUACUUCCUCGCCUGGGGCCUCUGAUCCGUCCGGCCCCCGAAUGUCCAGCAAUACGCGGACCCCUUCAGCCCCAAGUGAACAGCACAGUUCAACACUCUCUGCCCAAGAACAAGCAGAUGCGGACUAUGCUUAUGCACUGUCCCUUCAGUACCAAGAAGAAGAACAGCGAGAAAGUACGGGGGAUAGCAGGAUGCAGAAUCCGCUGCGGGCUACAGAUCCACGCCAUAGCCGCCAGGGCUCAUCCGGCUUCACAAAUGGAAGCAUCAGCCCGCAUACAUCCUAUUCAGGCAAUCGGUCUUCUCGUCAGAGUCAACAUGUUAGACAAGCCCAGCAUCAGUCUAAUUCUCAAAUGGCGAAUGAUGGGCAGGAUGAUGCCCCUCCGCCUUCGUACGAACAGGCGGCUAGCAGUCCAAUCUAUCCGUCUCCACGAAGGAGUCCCAAUCCCAUGAAUAACACUUCCUAUGCCGGCCAAUACCCCGGAAGUCGAGGAGGACGACGACCCCCGGGAACUUCCAUCCCGGGAGGGCCUCCAGAACGCACUAAGGAUCGAAAUAAAGAGUGUGUAGUCAUGUGA